AUGGUCAAGUUGACGACCCUGCUCUCGCCGCUCGCGGUCCUCCUGCUGGCCCAGGAGUCCGCCGCCGCGCCCUUCAGGUCGGCGCACAACCACCUGCACAUGCGCACCCUGGUGCACGAGACCUCGCACUCGCGGCCCGAGGGCAUCGCCGCCGUCGCCGCGCGGGACCGCCGCAUCGGCGCCGCCUCCGCAGCGGCGGCGGUGCACAUGGACGCCGUCAAGAGGGCCGUCGCCGUCGAGCGGGCGGCCGGCAGCCACGAGCACGGCGCCGCCGCCAUGCACAAGCGGCUGCACAGCAAGCGCGGCAAGAUCAAGCUGUACGGGCACACGCACACGCACUCGCAGUACUCCGAGAUGUCGGAGGAGCCCCUGGGUGACGCCGUCAAGGGGGAGGUCUAG